AUGGCAUUAUUCCUUUCGACCGUCUUGCUUUUGGCGGUCUUCGUGAGUUUGUUGCUGUGCCACUUGCUUACGGCGACUCGGCCCACGCGUUCCAGCUUGUUCUUGGCCUCCUUGGCAUCAGUUUUCUUCGGCUUCGACAACUUCUUGAUCGCCUACGCUGGCCGUUUGCUCAAGCCCGCCGAGUACAUGUCAAUGAUGUUUUUGGCAAUUUUUUGUGUAGCUGCACUAGGAUCCAGUUUGGUGGCCUGCACUUGCCCGAGCUUCAAGGAAGAAGCUAGGGAUCUAUGGAAAGCCUCAAGAAUGCAGCGCUUUUGGAUUGUUGCGAGUGGAGCCUUGAUAGCCUUGGCACAAACCUCGGCUUGCAUGAGUUUUUCGCUGGACGAAGUGGACUCAGGGCCACUCCAAUCAAUUGUCAUUGCCAAUGUACCGAUUGUUGGCAUAUUUUUCUACUUUUGGAGCAAUGAAACCUUGUCCAAGAUUCAACUUCUUGGCUGCGCAUCAAUCAUGGGAGGAAUUACUUGCAUGUUUUGGAAUGACUCACCGGAGGAAUCAAGUGGCUUCGACAACUCUUCCUCCUCGUCCUUCACUUCUUCAUUUGCAUGGAUUUGUAUUUCAACCCUUUUCUAUGCCUUGUCGAUCAUAACCAUCCGCUUCGCUGGUGAGGAGGAGCUACCAGAGCGGCCAAAGUCAUUGGCAAUUGUGCUUUCUUCGGGCUUUCUGGGAUUUGUUGUACUGAGAUUCUCUUUGUGCGGCAAAUUGCUCUUUGCGUUACAUCUUGAGGUUCUGAUGUGGGCCUCGCUGAACGCUGUUGCAUCCAUGCUGGGCCUUUUGUCAGUCGUCCUUUCCUAUGAAGUCCCUGAGGCCAAGAUGGCAUUGGCCACAGCACUGAUUGAUAGCAAUGCAGUGCCAAUGUGUGGUUUGAACUUUGUGCUUCUUGGGGCCGUACCAGGGACAUCAAAGCUCGUAGGUAUGGCUUUAGUAUUGUUGGGGUGCGCCGCUGGAUUCAUGGGGCCUAAGCCAGAUGAGAUGCCUCCCGUUCAAAAGCUUUCGGACCUAUUGUUGGAGGGCUCAAUGGACGGCAGGAGGCUUUCAACUCGACAGGGUCAUGGAUAG